AUUUCAUUCUCAUCGGUCAACAUUCUCCUCUCCAUCACAGCAUUUCUUGGGAAUUCUCUUAUCCUUUUUGCUCUUCACAAGGAAUCUUCUCUCCAUCCGCCAUCCAAACUCUUGUAUCGUUGUCUGGCAACCAUUAAUUCGUUGGUUGGUCUUGUUGUCCAGCCUCUCUCUGCUACCUACAGGAUGUCCUUGGUUCAUGAACACUGGAGUUUUUGUCGAUACGCAAGGGACGCAAUCGUUAUAUCAAGCUAUGUAUUAUGCGGAGUCUCUUUGAUGAAGAUGACGGCCAUGAGCGUAGACCGACUUCUCGCCAUGUUGUUGGGACUGAGAUACAAAGAGAUUGUAACUUUGAGGCGCACGUAUAUCAUUUUAGCUAUCGUUUGGGUUGUAUGUCUAGUCACUGGUUUAUUCUUAUCUCAAUUACCAUAUAGGCUUUUGGUUCCUUAUCAUAACUGUACCACCUGGCCUGGUAAUCUCAGUCAUCUCGUACACAGAGAUUUUCCGCGCUCUCGUUCGUCAUCAGGCUCAAAUACAAGAUCAUGGCGCGAUACAGAAAGGCGGUGUACAAUGCACUGUAGGUGCAGUUAGCUUCAGUUGUCUGUUAUGUUCCACAGAUUACAGGGAGAAUUGCGAUCUAUCUUAAUGCAAAGAGAUUUUCGAGUUUCUUCUCGAUCUACGAAAUGGAAACUGUCUUAGGUAGACCUAAUAUCACGUUGGCUCUUCCUUCUAAAACUUAUUUGAAGAAUUUUAUUUGAUAAAAGAGAGGGGAAGAUUUGCUAUUUUAUGAUAAAAAAGGGUGAGGAAAAUUUGAAGAACUACUUCUAAAUAGCAUAUUGUACUUAAAUUAUCUAACGAACAACUAACAGGCGAAAAAUUGUAGUAUAGUAGCCAAUAACAAAACAAUAAUAUGUCGCCAAUCUGUGCAUUUGUAAUGAAGCAGUGAAGGCUAUCAGUUAUUUUGGAAUCGGAAUGCCCUCAAAAUUUUUCUUUGCGAUCAUAUCUUGAUGAGAUAUAUCACCUAAGAUCAGAAAUAUGGUUUAGUGAUAACGCGCUGUUAACGGAGCCAGCCGCUAGGUUUUGUCAUGAUUGGGAAUUAGCCAAAAUGUUUAUAACGAAACGUUGUAAAUUGAAGAUGCGGACUUUGUUAACAGCUGUUCAAACAUACAGAAGGAAUGCUUAGAAAAGAAGUUGAUCAUCUCUGUUUCACAUGGAGUUAUCGUUUGAGACCAGUCGUUUGCUUAAGAUUAAGCUCGCAAAUAAUGACAGAAGGAAAUUAUAAGAAGAAAUGAUUUUAAAAAAACUCUGACAUGGUUGAUACGACUAGCCAUUCUACAGUAUGUUACCAACAUCAAUUAGAACUGUUCAUCGAGUUGCCUCGUGAGUCUGCACUAUUUUGACCACUCUGAUGACGAAUAUCGUUGUCUAUAAGAGCACAGACCACAAUAAACCAUAGCCACGGUCGAUCUGUUAAAUGCAGAGUUUCCUACUAGCACCUAAUUAUGUAUAGUAAAUACAAGAUGAUUAGCAGGAAAAAAAAAAUUUGUCCGAAACGAAGGACAAUUUGUAUUGUUAAAGGUGUUUUUCGUUAACUGUUCAUCGCUACAUCUAUUUUCACACUUUUCAGGGCAUAAAGAUCCAGUCAACUUCGACACGUAGAGAACAAAGAACAUUAUUUUAUUUUAUUUUUUUUAGUGGUAACUAUGCAUCUGUAACCAUAUAUGAAUUCUGAGUAGUUUUAUGUAAUACAGUUUUCAGUUUUCCCCAAUACCGAUUAACGUCCUUAAAAACGUAUUUUUACCUUCAACUAAGAUAAUUCAUGCGUUCUAAGUUUACGUAAAUUAUAAAUUAAAAGUCGCCAAACCACCUUAUAUCGAUAAAAGUUUUAAUCUCUGGUUUAUUCUUUCAUCUCAAUUACCGUGUAGCUUUGGAGGUAUAUCAUCGUUCCUGGUAAUCUCAGCCGCCUUGUAUAUAAAUAUUUUCAUAUUUUGGUGCUCUCAGUCAUCAUCUGGCUAAAGUGUAAGAUCAUGUAAAACACGAGAAAGAAUAAACCAGAAGACUAGAGAUACAAUCCAAACGAUACCUAACAUGAUAUACGUGCGCCUCAAAGUUACAAUCUCUUUGUAUCUCAGUCCCAACAGCCGAACAAAACAAAUGCACCGAACAUGGUGCGAUACAGAAAGACAGUGUUCAGUGCACUGUGGGAUGCCGCCAGUAUUAGUUGUCUGUUAUGUACCAAGCUUAGCAGUGGAAGUUGUGAUGUAUACUAGUUUAAAACGAUUAUAGAAUUUUGUCAUUAUCAUCAUAAUCAUUUGCCAUAAUGGCGAAUGUUUUAUUUUUUUCAAAUCCAUUUUAAACCCGUUUCUUUACCGUUGGUAGAUCAGAUAUAAGAGAAGUACGAAAGCAGACAGUCCUACAAGCAAUUUGCCAUGCAUAUAUUUCGAUCUAUUCGGACGUUUACAUGUCCUGUUUCUUCCAAAGCUAUUUAUCAAUGAUGUUUGCCAGGAAUACCAUUUAAUAAAGAGAAAGGAAAACUAUAAAGAGUUACUUCUGAUUUUUUAUACUGUAUUCAAGUUAUAUCAAGAGCAACCGAAAGAUAAAAAAACUCAGUUCGGUAAGUAUAUCACAAGGAUAUCAUGUGCCGAAUUUACACACGUAUAAUGAAGCAAUGGAGACUAUUUCAGCUUUUCAAGCAGAAUGCACGAUUUUGUUGUUUUUUCAAAACUUGGAUGAAAUAUAUCACUUUGGCUCUGAUAUACGGUCAAGUGUUUAUGUAGUGAACCAGGAGCCUCGAUUUGUUUAUAACUUUGUAAAUAUGUAGACUUUGUUUUCAUCUGUUCAAAUAUUUUGAAGUCAAUUCUUAAGAAGUUGAUUAUCACUAUUUUUACAUAGAUUUAUCGUUUGAGAUCAAUCGUAUGCCAGAGAGCAAGUUCGAAAAUUAUGAGAAAAGAAACUUAUGGUAAGAAAUAGUUAAAAAAAACUCUAACAUGGUUAAUAAGACUUAAUUGAGGACCGUUACGAAUAUCGCAAAAUGAAAAACGCGUUGAAUGCAAAUUUCUGAUUAGUAAAUAAGAUGAAAAAGUUAAAGUUGCCAUAAAUGUCAUAAAUGUCAUAAAUGAAGAUAAAUCUCAUGGAUAAAAUAAGAAUCAAUUAAAUUUGGUCGGUAAUGUUUAAAUGUUCAAAAUUAUUUAUCGAUCGACUGAUUUCCGACUGCGAUAUUUAGACAUCGUAGACUUAUGUUCUAAAAUACUUCACAAAAUUUAAAAAAAAUGCUCCUUUAUUUACUUUGUCUUGCUGAGUCAUGAGCUAAGAUGGGCAACCCAAACUGAAACUGAUCUUUUAAUAAAAUAUAAUGAGCAUAUCUCUAUAAGCAGAGCUCAUAUUUAGUUGCAGUUGUUCUCACCAGCCUUUUCCAGGGGUUCGUUCAGUAAAACGGAGCGACACGGUAGUAGCGGUGGAAUGAUGAAACGGGGGAGUUUUGGGUCGGGUCGGGUCGGGUCGGGUGAACGCCGUUCUUUACCCGUCUAGACCCAAGCCUCACUCUUUUUCGGUGCGCCCUGAUUAUCGCGCCGUUUACUGUGCACUUCGCUUUACUAGCUGAACGCCUCAAACAGGCUGUGUUAUCACUCGAUAAGCUGUCACAGAAAAAGGCGUAAUGCAGAACACAAGAGACAGCACCAUAUAUUUUCUUCGAGUCAGAAGCGGAGCCACUUAUUACGAAUGAGGAAUCGAGAGACAAAGUAAAUGCAAUCACCUGUCGUAUACAUAACAACUUUAAUUUUUACUACGGUAAUGUUUUGCAAUCAAAUGAUUACUAACACAGAAAAUUUAAUUCAUCUUACUGAAUUGUUCAUUAAGCAAACAAUGUAAAGAGACUUCUGUGGCAUUAAAGUUCACACGGCAACCGGAUAGACAAUCAGACAUGGUUUGAUGCUACUCUGGUUUACAGAUUUAAUGAAUGUAAUCGAAGAAGUUACAAUUCAUCAUCUGUCAGUAGCUUUUAGUAAAGGUUUUCCUUGGUCAAACACUGAUAUUUUCAUUUUUUUAAAUUUUUUUAAAAUUUUUUUUAAACAAUGGUCACAGAGAUUAUAAAUUUGUCCCUGUUAUACGAUGCCAUAUCCAAAAUGUCGUUAACCAAUUACAGGUAACUGAGACAAACAGAAAUCUUCAGUAGCAAACUUCCGCCGUAAAAAAACAGUGAUAAUUUGCACACACAUCGUCACCCGUGGGGGGAGCAUUUGAAUUAUUUAUGAUCUUUUUACCAAUAUUUCCACCAUUUAAAAGUGUGACAUGUAGAUACAAAAAGAUUUAAAUAUUUUUAGAAUAACUUUGCAUCUCUAACCAACAUAAAUUUUGAAAUUGGAAUUUUUCUCUAAGUUUUCCUAAACUGUUAACAAUUUAUGUCAUCCCGAGAUCACGUGAAUUAAUAAUUCACGCUAUCAGCCGGGUAAGGCAACGAGUCCGAUCCAAACAACACGUCGGCCUAUGCGUUAAUCAAGGUGUCGGCCAACGGCAAUUGGUCGACUAUCGACGAACUGUCGGUCGACUUUGGAUAUCCUAUCACUGAAGGUUUAUUUGAGUAAAUGAAUUUUUUAAAAUCUUUUUUUGGGAAAUUAACCUAUCACAAAUGCAGUUUUACUUUCCUCCUAUUACUAAUUCAAAUUCGCGCAGAAAGACUGGCGUUUUUUGCUCUUUCGUGUCACAAACCUCACAGCGUUCCGGCAUUAUACAUAGUCAGACGCUAGUGAUGAACUUUUACUCUCUGCAAUUGUUAUCCAAAAAUUAAGGUUUAACCGACCUUGACUUAAAGGGUGCUGUUAAGACGAAACAUUCCUCGUUGUAUCUAAGGAUAACCUCCAAAAGAGUGGAAACGACAGCAAGAUGAUGGCGACAACAAAUCUAACUGAAAGUGGAACAUAUAUGCAAACAUUUCACGAAUCGCUAUGUUCCCCGAUUUGGUUAGGUGAUUUUAAACAACAGUCCAUUUCAUUCUCAGCAGUCAACAUUUUCUUCUCCAUCACAGCAAUUCUUGGGAAUUCCCUUAUCCUUGUUGCCCUUCACAAAGAAUCUUCCCUCCAUCCGCCAUCCAAACUCUUGUAUAGUUGUUUGGCAACAUCUGAUCUGUUGGUUGGUCUUGUUAACCAGCCUCUCUAUGCUGCCGGCUGGAUGUCCGUGGUUUACGAACACUGGAGUUUUUGUCGAUACGCAAGGGAUGCAACCGUCAUAUCAAGCAGUGUAUUAUGCGUAGUGUCUUUGAUGACGAUGACGGCCAUAAGCGUGGACCGACUUCUCGCCAUGUUGUUGGGACUGAGAUACAAAGAGAUUGUAACUUUGAGGCGCACGUAUAUCAUUUUAACUAUCGUUUGGGUUGUAUGUCUAGUCGCUGGUUUAUUCUCUUAUCUCAAUUACCGUAUAGGUCUUUGGUACCGCAUCAUAACCAUACCAUCAUGUCUGGUAAUCUCAGUCGCCUCGUACACAAAGAUUUUUCGCGCUCUCAGUCAUCAUCAGGCUCAAAUACAAGAUCAUGUUCAACGACAGCGGAGCCAACCAAGUGCACUGAACAUGGCGCGAUACAGAAAGGCAGUGUACAAUGCGAUUUGGGUGCAGUUAGCUUUAGUUGUCUGUUAUUUUCCACAGUUUAUAUUGAGAAUUGUGAUCUUUCUUAGUGCAAAGAGAUUUUCGAAUUUAUUCUUAAUUUACGGAAUGGGAAUUUUUAUACUUUUCUUUAACUCUACUUUAAACCCCUUCCUUUACUGCUGGAGGAUAAGUGAAGUGAGACGAGCAGUGAAGCAGACAAUCAGACAAGCAAUCUGCUUUGCAGAGGGGUAGACCUAUUUUAACGUUGGCAUGUACUGCUUCUUCUAUAACUUAUAUGGAGAUUCUGCUUAGAGUUUAACCCGAUUAUCGGAUUUCACCGUAAUCAAGGGUAUGGCAGAUGAUUUAGUAGUUUUCUUUAACUCGACUUUAAACCUGUUUCUUUGCUGUUAAUUUAAAAGCAAUCUUAUUACCAAUUUCGAAUAUUCAAGGGAAAUACGUGACUCUAUAACAGGCCGUGUACACAAAGCUGGUCUUUUGAGAAAACAUUCUAUCAUUUCAUGACAGUCGAGUACGAAGCGCGCUCUUAUGACAGCUCACCACUUCAGGUAUUAUUUCCGCGCUUAAAUUUCAUCUGAUGGUCAAAAAAAGACUUAUGUCAUUAAAAUUAUGAAAAAAGAGAAUAAGUAUAAUGAAAGGAUUAAAUCUUUGGUUUAAGAACUACUACGCUUUACCCCUUUUAUGUGGUUUUCCUUAACAUUUCUCUUUCAUUCUCGGAACUGUUACGAAUAUCACGGAAUGAAUUUAAGGUUGUAUGCAAAUUUUUGAUGAGUAAAUAAUAUGAAAAAGCUGACGUUGCCAUAAAUGUCACAAAUGAAGGUAUAUUUCAUAGAUGAAACGAGAAUCAUAAAAAUUUGGUGAGUCAUGUUUAAAAGUUCAAAAUUAUUUACCAGGAUCGACUGAUUUCCCACCUCGAUUUUUAGAUAUCGUAGAAUCUUGUUCUAAAAUAUUCCAGAAAAUUUUGAAAUGCUCCUUUAUUUAUUUUGUCUUGCUGAGUUAUGAGCUAAGCGAGGAAGCUAAGCUGAAACUAAUCUUUAAACAGAAUAUGAUGAAAUGAUGUAGAAUGUCACAAGCUGUUAAGCAUAUCUUUAUAAGCAGAGCUCGUGGUUAGCUGAAAUUGUGCAUGGCACGAUAGUAACGGUGGAGAGAAAAAAAAGAGGGAGGCUUGGGGUCGUGUCGGGUCGGGUCGGGUCGGGUCGGGUGAACGUUGUUCUUUACCCGACUGGACCUUAGCCUCACUUUUUUUCACACCGCCGUGACUAUCGCGCCGUUUAUUGGGCACUUCGUUUUCCCAGCUUCGAACAGGCUAUGUUGUCACUCGAUAAGUUAUCAAAAAAAGGUUUUAAUGCAGAAUACAACUGACUUCUACAGAUAUUUUCUUCGAGUCAGUAAUGUAAACUCUUAUUAGAAAAGAGCAAUCGAGACAAAAUCAAUGCAAUCAUCUGUUGUAUACAUGACAACUUUAAACAUUAUUAUGGUAGUUUUUCAAAAAAGUCAUACAAAACCCGGGCUAAAUAAUAUGGUCUUGGUGACAAUAGACUCACCCAAAGGAAGUCUUCAAACUGCUUCCUGACUUAGUAGAAUCUGCACUGCAACCUUUUUGUUUUUCAAUUUGCCGUACGUAUCUGAUCAUAAUUCUGACAAGUCCUGAUAUAACAGCAGCGCCUAAGCACUUCGUCAUCUGUCAAUAGCUAUCAAUAAAGGUUUUUCUUGGUCAAACACGGAUUUUUUUUCACCAUUUCUAUUGAAACAAUGGUCACAGAGAGUAUAACUUUGUCCCUGUUAUACGAUGCCAUAUCCAAAAUAUCGCUCAUCAACAUUAACAGGUAACAAGACAAACAGCAUUAUUCAAAAUCAAACUUCCGCCUUAGAACCAGAGAUAAUUGGCACACAAAUUUUCUCCGGUGAUAAGAAUGUUUGAAUUCCUUGUUUGUACAGGUGUACAUUGUUAGUGGUGUUUAAAAAAAAAAUGUUCACCGCUGCAUCUAUUUUCAAACAUUUUAGGACAAAAAGGCAGAGUUCAAGGCAGUUUAAUCGGUAGAGAGAUUCUCAUGAUCUCAAAGUUCCAGUCAGGUGCGACACGUAUAGAACAAAGAACAAAAAUACAAAUAUUUUUAGGAGUAACUAUGCAUCUGUAACAAUACAUUAAUUUUGAAUAGUUUUAUGCAAUCUAGAUUUCUAUUUUUCCCAUACCAAUUAUCCUUUUAAAAAAUUGGCAUUAUAGAUGUAGAAAAUAGAAUAAUUGAGACAAUAAGUUUUGGGCACGUUACUGAACUAGGGAAAAAAUAUUUUUCAAUCUUGUCACGUGCGUAGGACAAAGAAGAAACCUUGGAUUUCCCUACUGGAAAGUAUUGGGAAAACUUAUUACCAUAACAAUCACGAUUGGACGCAAAAGCGGGUCAAUAAAACUAACGAAGCGUCGAUUUUGUUGUGUUGAAAACUUAUUGGGGACAAGCAAUUACGAGUAAAAACUUAUGGAAAAGGUUCAAACUGUUUCGUAUACUUAACUCAACACUUUAAAUAAAUUAAAUUUAUCAUGCAUUUUUCUUUGCAAAUGGAUUGUUUUCUCAUGGAUAUUUGAAUCCCGGAGACAAAAAUGAAAUUCAACAUAGGAAUGCUCGAUUUACUUCAUGUUACUAGAAGAAAAGGAGACAAAAUUAUGGAAAUGUUUUCUAAAUAGUAUAUCACCUGUGGAAAUUAUGUGAUGAUAAGAAUGUUGCUGGUUUCAAUAGCACGGCCAUAAGUGUUUGUAUCUUGAAAAUCGUUCUCCCCUCUUACCUUGAUACGAAAUUUGCGUAAUUUGAAUAAAAAUAUACAUUACCGUGACAACUUGAAACACAUCUUUACAAACUUAAAAUAUUCGAUAUGCCAUGACCAUUAUCCAUUAUGAACCAGUACGUUACAAGUUUUUAUCAAAAUUUUACGCGAUCGGAGUCAGAAUAUUCUUAAUUAUCCGUCAGGAACGAAUUCAGACUAGGGUCAUUGUGUGACACUUUCUUAUUGUCGGCAUUAUGUUUUAGUCGGCCACUAGACGCGUGUGAGUCGCCAGUAUAGUCUGAAGAGAAGAUAGAUUGAAGGAUUGUCGAAAUAUUAGAGUAAUAGAAUUGGGAAAGAGGUAUGUCAUCUUAUUUAUUUUGAAUAUAUAUACCGAAACGUGUAUAAUCAAAGGUAGUUUUUUUUCGCUCAGGAUGUUUGUGCUGUUUUGAUUUAUUUGUAUACACGCCCCGCGUGUUCCGGUUUAGGACAUCUCAAUUAGUGUAUGGUAAUGGCAUAUUUUUAAUUGAUUUAUUGUAUUUCAGUUUUUACGAGCUUUCAAGUUUAAUAAACGAGUUGCGAUUUGAUAGACGCCUGGAGGUUCUGUCAAUAUAAAACAUUUCUCCGAUGCGGCGUUGUUAGGAUCGAUUGAUGUCAGCGUCCGCCCUAUUAAACAGCACUGAUUCGUUAGCAAAAUAUUAAGCAUAUCUCUACAUAUAUGUGUCAGUGGUGGAGCAACUUACUACGAAACAAGAAUGGAGAGCAAUGCAACUUUAAUUCUCACUACGGUAAUGCUUUGAAAAGGUUUCUGUAGCUUUAUGUAUUGCGCCAAUGAAAUGAUCGAAGAUUUAUGUUCGGUAGCAAAACCGCAUGGUAGAAAGAUAGUUUUGUUUUUCAAAAAAGCAAAAAAAAAAAAACCUGGGCUAAAAUAACAUGGUAUUGGGGUCCAUAGACUCAUCCGAGUGAAGUCUUAUAGUUGCUUCCGGACCGAGUAACAUCUGCACCGCAACCUUGAUCAUAAUUCUGACAAAUCCCGAAAGCACAGCACUGGCACAAGCACUUCGGCAUCUAUCAGUAGCUUUCAGUGAAGGUUUGGCUUAGUCAAACACUUAUUUUUUCACCAUUUCUUUUGAAAAACUGGUCACAAGGAGUAUAAAUUUGUCCCUAUUAUACGAUGCUUUACCUAAAAUGUCGCCAUUGCUCACACUGAGAGAAAACUUGGGUGCCAGACCUCUCAGGACACCUGGCCGAAUUUUAAUUGCCAACACUCGUUUGGUUGGGAAGCAUUUUGGUCGAAGAGCUGACAAGGGGAGAAGGUGUAAAGUUUGUGCAUGCACUUGAAAUGCAGGAGGGAACCUGAAACAUACCAAAGCUAAUUUUUUUUUUUAAUGUCCGAAAUGUGAUGCACACCUUUGUGAGCAUCCAUGCUUUCAAGAGUGGCACACCCUUUGAAGGCUCUGGUUUACUUUUGGGUGGAAAAGCCACAGAAAAAGUUGUUUUAGUUAUUUCCCAUACGUUAACUUCUUUGAUUAAAAUUUCAAUUUGCACAUUUAUUAAUACCAAGAUUCUGUCAAGAAAUUAUUAUUUUUCUACCUAAAGAUACACCCAAUAAACCAAGAAUUGUGCCAUGUGAACAACUGAUUUAAUAUUCUUCCCAAUGAUGUAUAUAUUGCAAAAAUGCAAUCUGCGAAAAAAUUGGAAACAACAAAAGGAUGUCGACUUUUGCUUUUUGGAUACUGCUGGUGUCGCUGGUUCAUGCUACAUUUUAGGCAAGAUCGAUUAGAUAUGUGGCACGGCGGUAUAUUUAUACGGCCUCUAUAUGCAACCUAUUGGAUGUCCGUGGUUCACAAACACUGGUACUCAUUUUACGCAACCAGCGUAACAGGCUAUGUGAUAUGUUCAGUGUCUUUGUCGAUGCUGACGGCCAUGGGCGUGGACCGAUUUCGCGCCAUGCUGUUGGGACUGAGAUACAAAGAGAAUGUAUCUCUGAGGCGCAUUAUAUCGCUUUAG